UAGUGAUUUUGCAUGGUUAUAAAAGUUUCUAAAUAAAUUUCGUUUGUUUACAGUAAAUGCUAUGGUUAUUUUUUCUUUUUGCUAUUGAUCAGUAAAGAUGCUAUCUGUACUAAAUAAUCAGCUUGCCAGAAUUUCUGUUCUACAUAUUCUAUCAAAAAAUAAGAAUAUUUCCCGAUUUAUUAGACCAUUUGGUUUAUACUGCGAACCUAUUAAAGGAAACUGUCAAUACGAAAAAAUUUUGAAUCAAAAGUUAAAAAGCCUUUUUAACUUUUCAGAAAGCAAACAGUUCUCUACAUCUUUUGCACUACGCCAAGAAACGGAGGCUGCAGAAAGUACUGAAGAGAAGCCAAAAAGAAAUAUUGACCCAUCAAAAGACAGAACUCAAGUUAUUUCUCCUGAAACGAGCAUCCGCUAUUUGAAAAGCAAAGCCUAUAAAACAACGUAUGGUGAUGAGCCAGUAUGGGUUAAAUACAGACGCAAUUUCAGAGGACAAUUUACUCCGAGGAAAACUCGUGAAACUUGUAUCAGGGGAGGACAAAUUAUGACCGGUAGUCCUUGUCCCAUAUGCAGAGAUGAGUACUUAGUUCUUCAUUACACGAAUAUAGAUUUGCUAAAGCAAUUCAUACAUCCUUACACGGGUGAAAUAUUGUCUACUCGAAAAACUCAUGUUUGCCAAAAGCGUCUGCUUGAGCUUGAAAUUGCUGUGAAAAUAGCCAGAGAUCAUGGUCUGCUGACGUUUGAAGUACCAUUUAGAAAGUAUGACUAUUCUGAAUAUUAUCCUAACUGGAAGAAAGAAUGAUGUAUUGUUGUAAAAAUAGUUGAUUUUCAAUAAAUAAGGCACCUUCAAUGUGCA